GUUCUUGUUUGUUGAACUUUGUUGUGAAGAUUAAAAUUUAAUUUAUAGUCCGUUUUUGUAUUUGGUGGGUGCUGGUGAUCAAUGAUCAUUAAUGAGUGCUUUGUGAAUUAUGAACUGAAACUUAAUUUACAUAGUUUAAAAAAGUUUACCUUAUCAAUAACAAACUGUAACACUUGCUAAUUUCAAUAUGAGUUCUCGAAAAUUUGGUGACUUAAAAGUUACACCGAAAAAAGUAUUCGCAGAGUUACCGGAGACCUAUGAAGUGUCUAAAGAACAGUUGAAGUUUUACGACGACAAUGGCUACUUAGUGAUAAAGCAGCUUAUUGAUUUUGGAUCGUUAUACAGCUAUAAAAAGCAAUUCAGUUUGAUUUGCAACGGAGUGAUACCCCGUGGGAAUGUGACGAUCGUGAAGGAAGCCAACCUGGUCAAAGAGGCGAAGAAGGCUGAGGAUUAUGUUAAUAAGGUGAGCAAGAUUGACCUGUAA